AUGCUUGCAUCUGCGUCAAGACCAUCAGCUAUCAAGUCUCUCUACCAGAAUGUCCUGAAAGAGGCUGAGCGCUCGGCAAAGACGGGCCCGCUCGUUUCUUACUUGCAACGGGAGUACAAAGACGUAGAAAGUGGAGCAGCAACAGAAGUCAAGGCACAAGUGAGCUCCGACUACGUCCCAUUCGCUGCGCCCGCCAAGAGCGCACAAGAGCUCCGUCAGCAGAACCUCGAGAACCUCCACGUCUUCUUGCAGAACAAGGCGCUACACGCUGAACUGCUUCAACGCUAUAACCCAACCACUGGGCUCACGGAGGAGGAGCGUGUCAGGCUCACAGCACGAAGGGUGGGUCUCGACGUGCCCAUAACCCACAACCCAUCCGCCGAGUCUUCCGAAGCGAGCAACAACUACAGAGAGAGCGCAAAGAUCGCUCAGGACCAGUACAAGCAGGACAAGGAUUCGCGAGAGGACCAGCUUUAUUCCGGCAAGGGUGACGGCCUCAACGUCGGAGGUCCGCUUCGACCGCCGGUGAACAAGGAAUAG